UCGCGUUGCUUGACGUAUUCAGGUCUCGCGAUGCUUCGUGGUCCGGCUGGUUUAGCGACAACCUUGCACAAGGCAAACGCGUUUUAAACAACACGUUUGGCUGGCAUUGGGGCAAAACAGACACGUUUAACAUUUUAGGAGAGCAUACACAUUUGAUAGUUUGAUAGGGAGAUGUACAUUUUUUUGUUUUUGCUUUGUUGUGCUGUUUUGGGAGCUAGGUGGCUAGCUUAGCAUGCGAGCUUAUGAUUGGUGGGAUGAAGGGGGCGUCGGGCGAGAGAGUCCAAAUAACGCAGCUUGACAACUGAAUGCAGGGCAAUGUGGCGCCAAAGCACUUUUAAACGCACUUUAUUAGUCGGAAAAUAUAAUAAUAUAAUGUGUGUACGCUCACUAGCCACAACAUUAGGUACACAACACUUUAUAUUGUGUGGAACUGACUAAUGGAGUCUAUCUCCUAUUAUCCUAACAUGCAUAUUUUGGGGUUGUGGGAGGAAGCCAGAGUACCCGGACCGCACAAACUCCACAGUUGUCCUUCAUUCCUUCAGGCCGUACAAAGACAGCAGCCUUUCGACUCGACACUGGAGAAGCCUCAGUUUCCCGGAGCCUCUGCAGAGUUUGUGGAUCAUCUGGAGUUCAUCGAGCCCAACGUCAUCUCAGGCAUCCCCGUGUACCGCGUGAUGGACCGCCAGGGCAACAUCAUCAACCCUUCACAGGACCCUCAGCUCUCCAAAGAAACGGUCCUCAACUUUUACCAGAAGAUGACGAUGCUGAACACCAUGGACCGUAUUCUGUACGAGUCUCAGAGACAGGGGAGGAUUUCCUUUUACAUGACAAACUACGGCGAGGAGGGGACGCACAUUGGGAGCGCUGCGGCUCUCGACCCCAACGACAUGGUCUUUGGUCAAUACAGAGAAGCUGGCGUGCUGAUGUAUCGCGGCUUCCCCCUGGACUCCUUCAUGGCCCAGUGCUACGCCAACGCAGACGACCUGGGCAAAGGUCGGCAGAUGCCCGUCCACUACGGCUCGCGGGACCUCAACUUUGUCACCAUCUCGUCUCCGCUGGCUACGCAGAUCCCGCAAGCGGUGGGAGCGGCGUACGCCUUCAAGAGAGAGAACAUCAACCGAGCAGUGAUUUGCUACUUUGGCGAGGGGGCCGCCAGUGAAGGCGACGCCCACGCCGGCUUCAACUUCUCGGCCACGCUCGAGUGCCCGAUCAUAUUCUUCUGCCGCAACAACGGCUACGCCAUCUCCACCCCCACCAACGAGCAGUACAGAGGAGACGGCAUCGCCGCUCGUGGGCCGGGCUACGGCAUGCUGUCCAUCCGCGUGGACGGCAACGACGUCUUCGCCGUGUACAACGCCACCAAGGAAGCUCGGCGCAGAGCAGUGGCGGAGAACCAGCCCUUCCUCAUUGAGGCAAUGACGUACAGGAUCGGCCACCACAGCACGAGCGACGACAGCUCGGCAUAUCGCUCGGUGGACGAGGUCAACUACUGGGACAAGCAGGAUCACCCCAUCUCGCGGCUCCGGCACUACAUGACGACACGCGGCUGGUGGAGCGAGGACGACGAGCGGAGCUGGCGCAAGCAGUCGCGCAAGACGGUCAUGGAGGUCUUCGAGCGGGCCGAGAAGCGCCUCAAACCCAACCCGGAGCUGCUCUUCACCGACGUGUACGAGGAGAUUCCGCCCGCCCUGAGCAAGCAGCGGGAGGAGCUCUUCAGGCACGUGCAGCAGUACAAGGAGCACUAUCCGCUGGACCUCUACGAUAAAUAGAACGUGUUACAUCCAAGCCCGUUUGGUGCCUUAACACUUCCUGUCAGGUCACACUAAUGUAAACGCUGACUUCACAUGUAAACUCUUUUGUGGUGUUUUGGGUUUUCUUUGUCUGUUCUGGUUCAAGUAGGUCGUGGUGGUCACGCUCACCUUGUAGGAGGGCGUUACGUUGCUCAUCCAUGUGCAGUGGAGCCUCCGUUUUCGCCAUCAAUCUGCUCCAAACGGUCCCUAUGAAAACCAUACACAUUUUCCCCAUAAUCUAUAUAGUUGGAGUUUACAUGUUAAAAACAAAGAAAUACAUAGGUGAGGAAUAAAAUGACCUUUUAUUGAAGACUUGUUGACCUGUGAUGAGGCUGCUGACGCGGUUUCAUGCUAGUUCGUUACAAACUUAACGUAAAAGAGUAGACUGUUAGAGCUGCAUACUUGCUCACUUCAACUUCAGCAGCAAGUACAAUUGUCACACAUACUGUGGCCUAACUCAUUUUCUGUUAUGCGUCUCCCUUAAACCAUUCCCCCUGGAAACUAGGAGCCUUUCUUUACAUUGCAAUCCUAUUGUAGCACACUACAAAAGCUCCGCCUUUUUUUGUAUUUGCAACUCUUUCGUGAAGAUAUUUUGACAAAAAAAAAAAAAGCACAGAUUCAUCUCACGCUGAGAAAUACGCAGCGUGCUUGAACGCCUCAGCAGCCAUCUCUUCACUAUGCUUAUUAGUGCUGUUGUGGUCAUUUUCGGCGAAAACCGAGGUUUCAUUCUUGCUCCUUUCAUGCUCUGUGUUUUGUGGACAAUAAAUAGGAUCGAGUUGCAUCCCCGUGUGUGUGUGUGUGAACGACACCCUUUGAAAGCAUAUUUUAGAAGCUUUUUGUGAAAUCUAAGCUGAUAAAAACAGAAAAUAACCUAUGUAUGCAUCCCAGUAAAUGGCAUUUUGUUUUGUAAUAGUUAAAUCACAUAAUGUCACAAAAGCUCUUUAAAAGUAUAUUUUAGAAGCUUUUUGUUUAAAUCUACGAUGGUAAAAGGCGGUAAACAGUUUUGUUUUUGAAUAUUUUAGUUAUGUCACCAAUUGUGUCAUAAAAACGCUUUUAAUAUUUGGUGGUAAACGUAGGCAUGUACAAAUAAAUUAUUUGAGUUAUCUCAAGACAAACGUAUAACGCCAAAAGUAUAUUUUACAAGCCUUUUGUGGUGAACAUAAGAAUAUUAAAAGUAACUAUUCAACCCAACUAUUUUGUUUUGGAAUGUUUGAAUCA